CUUUCAGCUGUCACCGGUUGACAGAUAACCUAGUGUACCACGCUUAAGUGUUAAAAUUUAAUUGUCGAAGUGCUUUAAACUAUCAAAAAGAUGCCACCGAAAAAAGUAGCAGAACCGGAAAGAAAACCGCUGAUCGGACGCGUCGGCACCAAUCUGCGAGUGGGCAUCGUCGGCGUCCCCAACGUGGGCAAGUCCACGUUUUUCAACGUCCUCACAAAGAGCGCCGUCGCUGCAGAGAACUUCCCCUUCUGUACCAUCAAACCUAAUGAAAAUAAGGUAGCUGUUCCGGACGCCCGGUUUGAUUAUCUUUGUGAUUUCUUCAAACCUGCCAGUAAGGUGCCCGCAAUUUUGAACGUCGUGGACAUCGCCGGUUUGGUAAGAGGCGCGUCCGAAGGACAAGGUCUUGGAAACGAUUUUCUGUCACACAUCAGCGCUUGCGAUGCAAUUUUCCACCUGUGCAGGGCCUUUGAAGAUGACGAUGUUACACACGUGGAAGGCGACGUUAAUCCUGUCAGGGAUUUGGAGAUAAUCGGCGAAGAAUUGCGACUAAAGGACGAGGAAACUUUAAUGAAGGCUCUGGAGAAGAUGGAGAAAACCGUCGGUCGUGGAGGAGACAAAAAGCUUAAACCAGAAUAUGACACAUUGCACAAGAUCAAGGGUGUGUUGGUGGACGAGAAGAAGCACAUCAGAUUCGAAGAUUGGGACGCGAAGGACAUCGAAGUUUUGAACAAGUAUUUGUUCCUGACGUCGAAGCCCGCUCUUUACUUGGUCAAUCUCACCGAAAAGGACUACAUUAAGAAGAAGAACAAGUGGUUGAUUAAGAUUAAGGAAUGGGUUGACAAGAACGAUCCUGGUGCGCUCAUCAUCCCGUUCUCAGGCGCGUUCGAACACAAGCUGGUCGAGGAGUACGAGGAUCCAGCUUUGAGGAAGAAGUUUUUGGAAGACCAGGGCACCACCAGCGCUCUGGACAAAAUUGUAGUGCAGGGGUAUAAGGCUCUGCAAUUGGAGUAUUUCUUCACAGCUGGACCAGAUGAAGUCAAAGCAUGGACCAUCCAAAAAGGAACAAAGGCGCCACAGGCGGCCGGCAGGAUACACACGGACUUCGAAAAGGGUUUCAUAAUGGCGGAAGUUAUGAAGUUCGCCGAUUUUAAGGAGGAAGGUUCGGAGGCCGCAUGUAAGGCGGCUGGUAAAUACCGACAGCAAGGCAGGAAUUACGUUGUAGAAGAUGGUGAUAUUAUUUUCUUCAAGUUCAACGCGGGUGCCGGACUGAAGGACGCCAAAAAGAAGUGAUUGACAUUGUCCGUGACGCUCUGCGUCAUGGUUUAUCUUUACGUGAACAUGAUAUUCUUUUAUACCAGUUUGAAUUGUUGAUCUAAUUGUUUUGCAUUUAAUUUAAUGAUUAAUUAAUAAACUAUUCUGGUUCUCGA